AUGGUUGCUCAACCCCGUUUCUUUAUCGUCAGGCCCGACACCAAGCAUACCGCCGCCGAUGGCAGAACCUAUACCCGCCCCGGUCCCAUUGUACCCCUAGUUGCAGUUGACGAGCUCCCGGAGUGGCUCGACAUCCCCGACGCCCCGCGCCAGCUUUCAGUAGAACAAACCGUCGGCCUCUGCAACCUGGGCGUCGCCAGCAGAAGCAAGUACGCGUACCCCGUCAAAAUCAUCCACCAUGCCACCCCUGCCGCUCGCCAGAAGGCUGCGGUUGCGAAGAAUGCGGAGGCAAAGCCGAGCAAUGGUGCCACUGCCGACGCCGCCGCCCGGUAUUCGUCGCCCAUAUCUGCUUCCGCGUCCCAUGAAAGCAAGGGCACCACUACCCCGACACCCACACCGGAAGACCACCCGGCAGACCACAUAAAAGCCCAUCCGAACGAUGCCCACACCGGCGCCCGCGCAGGCACCAUCACAGCUUCAGAGCACAACCCACAGCAACCCCAUCCCCCACAGACUCAGCCCACCCCUUCAGCCAUUAUCAACACUAGCACGACCCCUACCAACAGCACCACCACUACCACCACCUCUUCCUCCACUACCAACAACCCUGACACCCCCAGCAGCGCCAGAACCGAGUACUGCCGCCACUGGUGCCACUACGGCACCUGCAAGUUCGGCCUGCGCUGCCGCUACCUACACGCCAUGCCCGAAACCGCCGCCGAGCUAGCCGCCGUCGGCCUGCGCAAGAUCCCCGCGUGGUGGUGGGUUGCCACCGCACCCGGCGCCGGCGUGGGGCCCGGCCAUGCGUUGGGUGUGCAUUCCCAUCAGCAUCAACAUCAUCAACAGCAUCAUCAGCAGAAUCUCCAGCAUCCGCAACAGCAGCAUACCACGCAGCAGCCCCCCCAUCUCACCGAUACCCACCACAACCACCACAACCACCACAGCCACACCAACCACACCAACCACACCAACCCCAUACCAGGCCCCGCCGUAGGCAAUACCAGCACGCUAGACUCCCGCGACGUCCGACUCGGCGUCGCGCGCCGGCGGGGACUGCUCCCCCACUCCCAAGCCCACGCCCACGCCCACGACCACACCCAGGCGGAAGAAAUCACCGGUGGCGGUGCUGCUGCUGCGGGCGGGGGAAGCGCGAUGAGCAACAGGGCGAUGCGAGCGCAGUUGCAGGAGGCGAUGGCGUUGCUGAGGGAGUUGGGGCUCGGCGGCGGCGGCGGCGGUGGUGGUACUGGUUGUGGUGGUGGUGGUGGCGGUGGUAACUAUGCGAGGCCGAGGAGGAGGGGGAUGAACCCGCUUCAGAGGCUGCGUGGGAGACCGGUGGUGGGGAAGGGGGUUCCGUUGAGGGGGCCGGCGGUGGACGCGGCUGCCGUUGUUGCUGCUACUGCCACUGCUGCUGCUGGCGGCGGUGGUGGGCAGAUGCAAAGUGAGGGUGGGCUUGCUGCGAUUCCGGAAUCGGUGCUGGAUAAUGUGGUUGAGGGGGAGGGGGAGGACGGGCGGGUGGCUUGCGGCGCUGUGCAGCCCGUUGGUACGGAGAAGGUUGAGAAGUUGGUAGAUGUGUGA